GCAGACGUGACCGAUUGCAUUGGUAGUCGCACGGCUUCCCUUGGAUCCCUUGUAAUCGGACGACCUCCUCCGUAUCCGGGAUACGUGGAAGAGCAGGAAGCUUCGUUACAUAAAGAUCUCGACCAAAGUCCUCACGUACAUCACUUGAAGGUUGUGGAUAGCGAGAAUGGGGGAGAAGCUUUUGCGUACGCAAAAUGGGAGGUUUACGAACAUGGACGCCCAGAUCUUGUGAAGCUACGCGAGCCGAUGAAGCAAUCCGACAAGGAAGUGGAUCAAUUUGGCCUCUUGAGAGAGGCGGCUCAUGAGUACUUCUGCCAUCGUAAUGGUGAGGCGGGAAAGCGACCCCAUCUGCGUAGGUUGAUGAAGCUUUUCAUAUUGUAUGGUAAAAAUUGGUGAUCCGCAAGCUUACUGCUUAAUACCUACAGUUCUGGCGCUCCUUGUCGCUUCAAGCAAACACCGACAGCGUGGUGCUGGUAGUCUCUUAGUCAAAUGGGGAAUUGAGAUGUCUGAGAAGUCUGGUCUACCCUGUUAUCUUCAAGCUUCUGAACAGGGUCGGCGUUUGUAUUCCCACUACGGGUUUCGAGAUAUCGACACGGGCGAAUUUAAUCUGUCCGAUUUUGGACUAGUUGGGACUGAGAAAAUGACUGAGAUGACGAGGAAGCCCUAUACAAGUUGA